CUUCUUCUCUCUGGUGAAUCGUUCCACUACGUCACGUCGUCCGGUCCGCUCCGUGAAGAUGUCUGCGACAGGAGGCUGUGGACCAGGACCCGCCUCGGGCUCCGGGUCCGGGUCUUCAAACCCUCGGAAGUUUAGUGAGAAGAUCGCGCUUCACACGCAGAGACAGGCCGAGGAGACGGCGGCCUUCCAGGAGGUCAUGAUGGACAUCACCUCCACCAGGCUUCAGGCCCAGAAGCUCCGUCUCUCCAGGACUCAGGGUCUCUACUACGGCGGCUCUCUGCCCAACGUGAACCAGAUCGGCCGGAGCCCUCAAGACUUCCAGGGCUCCUUCCCCUCCACUCUGGAGUCCAACCGGUCCACUCGGCAUCACGGCCUAGUGGAGCGAGUCCAGAGGGACCGCCGGUUCAUCUCACCAGUCCGACCGUACCGCAACCGACAAGUAUCCUUUAGUCUACUGUCAGAUCUAAACCUACAAGUAUCCUUCAGUCUACUGUCAGAUCUAAACCUAGAAGUAUCCUUCAGUCUACUGUCAGAUCUAAACCUACAAGUAUCCUUCAGUCUACUGUCAGAUCUAAACCUACAAGUGGACAGUUCGCCGUAUAACUCCGCCUACUUGUCCCCGCCUCCUGACCCCAGCUGGAGAAGGAAUUGGUCCGGAAACUUCCCCGGGGAUAAAAGCCAGUUGUUUCGUCUCCCCACCACUGCACUCAACAGGUGAAUCCUCCUCUUCCUCCUCUUUACUCCCCUUUCCUUCCUUCUGCUGGCUGUCCUCCAGCUCCCCUUUAGAGUGGAAGUCCUGUGCUAAAUCAAAGUAUGUCUUAUCAGACAUUUUGUUACUUGUUUCUUUGGCUGACUUGAUUAAGAGAGAAGCUUUUCUUCCUUUUUUUCAAUCACAAACCUUCACUCCUUUUCUAUAAUUGUUCUACCUGAGCUCUUCUGUAAAUACUCCAGUAAAGACCAGAAUGGUGUACCCUAACCCUUCUCACUCCCAACUCCUCAAAUUCUGAUGUUUGGUCAGAAGUGUGUUAGUUUUCAAAGUCUUUUAACCUGGCUAGAUCACCACAGUAACUGAACUUCAGACCCGAGCGUCACUCUACAGUCGAUAUUUAAUCCGUGAGCAACACAGACUCUGACCAGGGCCCCGUUCCUCGUACGUGGCUAACUGAGUUAGCCGGAUCAUUUUCAGGAUAAGAUUACAUAAAUCAGGCUUUUUGGUUCCACGAAGCAAGUUUGGCAAAAUCACCAUGGCAACACAUCCAUAAGCUUGAAGCUGCUCCAGCGCAGGCUAAC